AUGGUCCGCAGAUUCUCCAAGUUUCCCAAGAAGCCCGCAGACUGGGUGUCCCCGUCGGCGCCGCUGUCCAUGCGGAAACAGGUCUUCCUUCCCGACUUCACAAUCGCUCUCAUCCGCACACCGUUCCUCCCCCCGCGAUACGCUUCCUUCUACGUCCCGCUAAACUUCAACAAAUUGGAUAUGCGCGACUACCUGAAGCACCUGUAUGGGGUUGAUGUGCUCUCCGUGAGGAGUUUCGUCGAGCAGCAGAAGGUCACUCGGCUUCGUCCUUUGGGUAAAUUUGGGUACGGGAAGUUGAGGAGACCUAUGUCGAAGAAGAAGAUGACGGUUGAGAUGAAGACUCCGUUUGUUUGGCCUGAGGCUCCGGCUGAUAUGACUCCAUGGGAGUACGACCAGUUCCACAAGGCGGCCAAAUAUCAGAACGAUAUCCAAGAUAAGCAACGACCGGACGCGGGUAUGAAGGCGAACACGGAUGAGCGUGAUACUUACGCCGAGGAAGCGAAGAAGCUGCUGGACGGCUCGAAACCAUGGAGACCUACUUGGCAGGCUUUGGGACUUAGCUAUGAUCGGACGGGACUUGGCAAGAGCUCCACCAGCUCAUGA